AUGAAUUCACACCUACAUGCAUUGAGCAAGCUGGGCAGCAAGGAACAAAUUGCUGAUGGUCUCAUAGUACAUCUUGUUUCGCAAAGGCUAGAUCCUGCAUCUCAAGCAAAAUGGGAAGAAAAGGCUUCAAUUGAUGCAAUACCUACGUGGGAUCAAAUGGCAGAUUUUCUUGAUAAAAGAUGUAAAACUUUGGAGCAUGUUGAUUACGCCACGAAAUUUUCAGCACAUAACAAAACUAAGCAAAUCAAUCUCCAUCCAAUUGCCAGAAAAGUGUUCAUAGCAACAAACUCAAAGGGAUGUACAUUUUGUGGAAGUGGUGAUCAUUUCAUUUACUCCUGUUGUCAAUUUACAAAUCUUUCUCCAAAACUUCGUCUAACUGAAGCCAGAAAACUUAGCCUUUGUUUAAAGUGUCUAAAAAAGGGACAUCAAUUAAAACAAUGCAAGUCUUCGUUUUGUCGUAUUUGCUCAAGACCUCACCACACGCUCUUGCAUUUAAAUGAUCGUAUUAAUGACAGUACCUUUUCUUCAUCUAAUGAUGUACCAAUAGCUAAUCCGACGUCAAAUACUAAAUCUAAAGUUGAAUGUGUGCUUCUUGCAACUGCAAUCAUAUUAAUAAGAAAUCGUGCUGGCUCUUAUAUACCAUGCCGUGCUCUUCUGGAUUCAGCAUCGCAAUUACACUUUAUUACAAAAUCACUUGCCAACACACUUCAACUUAAAACAACAAAAUGUGCCACAGUAAUAUCAGGUAUUACAGAUAGAGAUUUUGUCGCUGACAACACUACUGAGUUAUCCAUAAAAUCACGUUUUGGCAAUUACACCAGUAGCAUCACCGCAGUGAUUACUUCUAAAAUUACUAAUCAACAUCCCAGCACAAAUGUUAAUACAACUGAUUGGAAUAUUCCAAAAAAUCUUCAACUAGCUGAUCCAGCAUUCUAUAAAUCACAACGUAUUGAUAUUCUUAUUGGUGCAGCUCUCUUUUCGAUCUACUAUGUAUAG